AUGUCAAAUUCGCCGUCCGUUCCCGAAGAUACCUUGCCUAAUCCCCUGGUGACACCUGCUGCGCCUGCCCAACAUGAUUGCUCUAAGGAUGUUAUCCAAGGACGGAGCCCACGUCACCACUUACGGCAGGGCCAGCAUCUGUCCCAGGGGCCGAGGGAGGUGUCAUCCCCAUCGCGGGCGGAGUCUCCCACGGCUCAAUCCUGGUCUCAGCCCGCCUCUCGAUUUGCUCUAAAGAGAACCGCAACCACACCCCCAGAAAAUACCGCGCAACCAGAUAUUGCUUACAGGCCUCAGCUGUCAGAGCGCGACAUUACCCCCGAAAAGGCCUUGGGCAAUGAGCGCCAGGUCAACUUGAUACCCAGGCUCGAUGAUGCACCCGUGUCUCCAAGUCCAUUCCCCAAGGUCUCUCCCCACCAUUUUAACGUCGACCCUUCCCCCAUGGAAGUUGACGUCCACAGACACUCUCCACUGCGCUCCUCCGCCCUCUUUCCAUCUUGCGAUGUUCCCCGUUUGUCUCUCCUGCGCGCAUCGACCUCGCCAACUGAUGUUUCCAAGAGUCCGAAUUUAGAGGCGAGCGUGCAGGCACAUUUGAGCGGAUCCCAGCGGCACAAGGUGCCAUUGGAUGACACAGGUACGAAUGUUAAUCAUUUUUAUGGCACUUUACCUGGACAUAAUCUCCUACCAUCUGCAUUAGAUGAUGUUUCUCGUACUCCACACGGUUUGAACAUCCGAUCCUCUGGCCACGAGGGCGCCCAGGUCAGUCGGGAUUUCUUAUCCUACAGUCCUAAGAAAGAAAUUCCCCCAUCCCAUGCUGUGGUUGAGCGAAGCCCAAGCAGAGGCCGUCGUGGCCGAGUUGACAGUUCGAUUGAAGCCAAUUUGACCAAUGCAGAGCCGGCUUCUAACGUGCGCAGCCGUAAGUCUAGCCAUUACUUGGGGCUCUUCAAAGAAAAUACCACUUCACCUGAUCGCAAACGGCCACAUGAUGAGACAUCGGAGUCACGGGAGGGCCAUCUCACUUCCCGUGCUUGGGGAGGGUCCAUCUCUGGACCCCCAACUCCAACUGAGCUUUCUUUGAACCUACAAGACGAUGAGCCAUCUAAGCGCCGUCCUAGAGCGCUACCGCGCAGCCUGCUUGAGGAGAUCAGAAACUUUCACCUCACGCCUGGCGGUUGUCGUGGAUCUUCUUUCUCGAGAAGCAUUCCGACUCAGUACUCAGAGCGCAGCAGGGACUAUUUCCAAAAGGAUCCCCAUGUUGGAAUAUCUCCAACUGAUUCUUUUGAGCAAGAGGAGCGUCGGGGAUCUAGGCAAUUUGGGGUUGAGGAAGAGGAAAAUGAGCAGAUCUCUUCUGCCGUUUACUUCCCUCACGAGCGCACGGUGCCUGAAGGGGUUGAUGGCAUACAGCAAUAUCCAGAAGGCCCUCAUGAUGUACAACCUGUUCAGUUGAAACCUGCGGAUAAGGGCCAUGAGCUGCUGUUAGUGCCCCAAGAACGUAGGGAAUCUCCCGAAAAGAAAAUCAGCCAUGUGGAUAUAUCCUUUCGAUCUAAGAAUGAAAAUAAGAUCCUUUAUGGCAAUAUUCAUUCUCCGCGCGAGAAUCUGCCAGACAGGCCGUUGAGUAUCAUCUCUGAACACACCUGUGGUUCAACACAUGGACCCGAUGCCGAUGUUCCAUCAGCAGAUGAAUUUACACAAUCUGCCUAUGAUGACAUUGAUGUGACUGACGAGGCGGAGACUCCAACGGCGACACCGACCCCAAAGUCUCGCCUUCUUUCUCGCCCGAAACCUCAACCUCAACCCCAACCUCCUGGGCCUCUGGGUGCUGUGGAAUUGAAACCCUAUCGACAUCAGGUUGGUGGGCACACCACAGUCUUCCGUUUCUCCAGACGUGCUGUAUGCAAGCAAUUGAACAACAGAGAGAAUGAGUUCUACGAACGCAUUGAGCAGAGACACCCGAAUAUGCUGCUGUUUCUUCCUAAAUACAUUGGCGUGCUGAACGUCACCUUCUCGAAAACUUCCAAAAAGCCAAAGGAUCAGGUUAGUUCCGCUAACGGGAAAACUCAAGAUAUGGCAGUCGCCAAUGGAAAUUCAGCUCUCAGUGCUCAGCUCCUCGCAGAGCCGCAAGAGCCACAGCGCAUUGUCAGUCAAUCCCAGGUUACAGGUGUGAUCCCCAAGGUUAUCCUUGAGAACAACCGACAUAUCAUUCCUGCCGAUCUUUUUACCCGUCAACAGCGACCACGAACGGCGGAUGCUUCAGUGAACCGCGCACGGUCGAUGGACGGUCUUCAGGGCAUGUCAGCAGAGUCUGACUCAUUGGCUCUGAGCAAGCGGGCUAAGAUCUGGGGCGCUACCACUGUGAAUCUCAAGCUUCAAGAACAAGUUCUCCGCGAAGUGUUCAGCCCUCCAACCAUUCAUCACCACCGAAGGCAUGCUCGGGGCCACGUUCAUCUGCCAAGAGCUAAUUCCGACAUGCCGGUCACCCAGCACCGCCGAGAAAACCUGUCUGAAGAUCGUACAGCUAGUAGUCGACGGCCGGUCCCUGGCAAAAUCACGGCUCUGAAGACAGAAGCGGUUGACAUUGUGGUCUCCCCUUGUGAAGGGCCUGCUCUUUCAUCGUCGGCGUCGACUGCCCUGGAUACCAAUCCAAACCGCUUAGAGAAGAUCCGGACUGAAGAGGAGCCUAACCGAGCAAGCUCGCUUUCUCGGGCUUCCCAUUCUCAUGCAAGACGACGGCAUUCUGGAAGUGGUCUCGAGAGACGCGGGAGUAUAGACUCUCGAGGUAAUAGGGAACUGAUGUUCUUCGAUGACGAUGGUUAUGGCGGCGAUAAGGAGGAUGAGAUCUUUUCUAUGGAAGCUGAUUGCUCUAUUCCUUCAACUUCAUCUUCUGCCACCAAGAGCUUAGCCUCCACGGCGUCAGACAGUACCUCGACCAGCGAUCCCCACCCUACCGAAGGAUUCGUUUCCGGCAGGGAUUCUGAUUCUUCCCGCUUGCAGCCAAAGGAACCUGUCAACUCGAUCUUGCCCAGCAAUCCGAAGGAGGCACAGUUGAGAAAGGAUGAACGAGUGCAAUUUUUCCUUCUUCUCGAGGAUCUCACAGCUGGUAUGAAUAAACCCUGCGUGUUGGACCUGAAGAUGGGCACCCGGCAGUAUGGUAUAGAGGCGAAUGAGAAAAAGAAGAAGUCUCAGCGCCGGAAAUGCCAGUCUACCACUUCACAGCAGCUCGGCGUGCGACUCUGUGGCAUGCAGGCCUGGAACGUCAAAAAGCAAGAAUAUAUCUUCGAAGACAAGUAUUUCGGGCGAGAUCUGAAAUCCGGUCGCGAGUUCCAGGAUGCGCUCACGCGCUUCCUUUACGAUGGGGUCAAUUAUGCCAGUGUGGCCAAGAAGAUUCCUAUCAUUCUAGAAAAACUCGCGCUGUUAGAGCACAUGAUCCGACAGUUGGAUUCUUACCGUCUCUAUGCUAGUAGUCUCUUGAUUCUUUAUGAUGGAGAACCAUUGUCUCCUCAGCAAGGACCACCUCGUUAUACUGGCGGGCACUCGCCACUCAAACGUGGUCCGUCCGGUGAUAGCCACAACAAAAUCGAUGUUCAACUCAAGAUUGUGGAUUUCGCCAACUGCGUCACUGGCGAGGACAAACUGCCACCGGAUACACCAUGUCCCCCUCACAACCCGCACGACAUCGAUCGUGGAUAUCUGCGUGGGCUCCGCACGCUCCGUAUGUAUUUCCAGCGGAUCAUGAAAGAAGUCAGUCUCGAUGAGUUCAUCGAACGAGGUGAAGGUGAAGCGAUUGCACUAGGCUCCCAACCUGCGGCGCGCGAGAGACCGUCUGACCAGUACUGGGAUGAGACCAUGAUGGAAAGCGACGCGGGCGAAGUCAGUUUCUAG